UAUAGUCGAAAUAUCGCCAGAUAUCGGCUAUUUGUUUAUCAAAUGGGGCGUCAACAGCUCGCAAGCAUAUAAAACAGAAAGUGAAACUUUAAGGUUCGUAAGAGAGUUCGCAGUAAACUUGUUUAGGUGUUCGCCUAAAAUGGGAAAGAUUUACCAAAUCAUAGUGGUUGGAAUAAAGGGGGAGAAGAAAACUGUUGAUGUUGGGACAUCAGAGGAAGAAUUCAACAAAACGACUAUUUUGCAAUUCAAGAAGAAAAUUGCUGAAAAAUUGCCCGGUCAAGCAGGAGACGAUCCAUCGUCUCUGAGGCUGCUGUACACAGAUAAACAACUAGAAGACGGUGAUACAUUUUUAGACCACCAAAUAAAGGAUCGCUCCACUCUGUUCAUGGUCUUGCGUCUACCUGGAGGAUUCCAAACAUGCUAAGAAGAACUUAUCCUUGCCGAAAUGACGUCCAUCUCAAGGAUCUCGUCGACAGGACAACAUUUUAAACAUAAAGACACUUUUGCAUUUAUUGACCAGUGAAUCCAAGUGUUGUUAGCUAUUGGAUCGCCUAUUAUGAGUAAACGGGGUCCGUGUCUGUCACCUCACUUCUGGGAUAAAUCAGUGAGCAUGUUUAAAUAAGUUUCCCAUCUUUGGAAAUUUAUCGAUGAAGAAAAGAGUCUUUGAUUUUAAGAAUUAUGAUGAUUGUUACUUCAUUAACAAAUGUAUCCUAUUUUAUUUUUGAAGUAGUACAAAUGAUAAAUCUUUACAGUUUACAUUGUUCCUUCAAAUGAAUGAUAUCCUAAUAAAAUGUAAAUAGCCUGCAAAUAAAAUGAUCAGGUUUGAAUGAUGUUGUUUGCAAGUAAGUUCUGUCCACUUGACAGUUUCCGUCAUGACUUCAACACGUGAAUUCGAAAGUAAAAGUAUACUUUAUCAGUUG